AUGGGAAUUGACAAGUUGGCAGCUUUCCUUGAAAUAGAACCUGAAAAGUUAAGUGGUACAUUGCUUGAGGGAGAAUAUGUUGCAACUUCUGAUCUUGACUUUUGCCUGAAGCAGGUUAUUGAUUGA